UAUCCUGAGGCCUCUACUUACCCUGUACCAUAAGGAUGGAGCCACUACUAGGAGUAAAAGUUGGCUGCCUGUUUUCCCUGCUGGUUCUCACUCUGGUCUGUGGCCUUUUCCCCAUCUGCUUCAAAUGGUUCCAGACUGCCACAGGUACAGCCCGACCAUGUCGUCACCGCCGGGUCCUCAGCCUCCUGAGCUGCACUUCUGCUGGCGUUUUCCUGGGAGCGGGGUUCAUGCACAUGACUGCUGAAGCCUUGGAGGGAAUUGAAUCAGAGAUCCAGAAGUUGGUGAUACAGAACAGCACAAACAGUGAGGGGAAUUCUGAUGAUGCUGAUUCAGCUUAUAUGGAGUAUCCCUAUGGAGAGCUCAUCAUCUCCCUGGGCUUCUUCUUUGUCUUCCUUUUGGAGUCACUGGCAUUGCAGUGCUGUCCUGGGGCUGCUGGAAGAUCAAAAGUGCAGGAGCAAGAAUGGGGUAUGGCUAAUGUCCUUGAACCCCAUAGCCACGGACCUCUACCCUCACCAUCACGAGGUCCCCUGCGAGCCCUCGUCCUCUUGCUCUCACUCUCCUUUCACUCCGUGUUUGAAGGUCUAGCUGUGGGACUGCAGCCAACAGUCGCAGCUACCGUGCAGCUCUGUCUUGCCAUCCUGGCUCACAAGGGGCUCGUAGUGUUUGGUGUAGGACUGCGGCUGGUGCAGGUAGGCACUGGAUCACGUUGGGCCAUGCUCUCCAUACUGUCGUUAGCUCUCAUGUCCCCCCUGGGCCUAGCCCUAGGGCUGGCUGUGCCUCAGGGAGUCUCUGAAGGGGAGCAAGGCUUGGCCCAGGCUGUGUUAGAAGGCAUGGCAGCUGGCACCUUCCUAUAUGUCACCUUCCUGGAAAUUCUGCCCCGGGAGCUCGCAGGUCCUGAAGCCCCUCUGGCCAAGUGGGGCUGUGUAGCUGCCGGUUUUGCUUUCAUGGCCUUUAUUGCCUUGUGGGCCUGAGAGAUUCCUGACUUUUCUGAUGGAUCUAAGAUGACCUCCCUACCCCCAAGAGAUGCCUCCCAAAUGACCUUAGCCCUCUGACAUUUCUUCACUGAGACAAAGUGACAUUCACGAGGCAUCAUUGCGUAACCUGGACCCCAACUUUUCGCUACGCGAGAUGCCAUUUCUCAUGCAGGACUGAGAAAAGGAUGUUUCAGUUGAGUGCCUGUAAAUUGGAGGACUGAUAUAAAGACCAUCACUCCAGAUUUGACUCUUGUCCCGUUUAUCCUACUGUAUGUAAUAAAAUGUCCAUUUUAUCCUUCCCCUUCAGCCAUGCUAUACUUCAUUUCUCCGGGUUGCCUAGGAGGUACCUGGUACAGGAGGUGGUGGAGUGGAGAGCAGGAAGGGUGAGUGUGGGAUGCAGUCUUCUUUUCUGGAAUUGGGCCCCCAGCCAUUCUGUCAGUUGCAGGUCAUGCCUCUCAAGACAUGGGAGCGUUGCUGAAAUUCCAACAACCUACUACCACCUUAUGUACAGGUGUUGAGAAACUGAGCCAGAGUUCCCAGCAUUUAGAGAGAAGAGGUUAAAAAACAGAAACCACAGGAAUCUAGAUUUUUUUCCUAUGCUAACCACACCCACCCCACUCCCAGUCUCCCACAAAGUGUCCAACAGACUCUUGAGAUAAGGCUAAAUGGAGCCUAUUUCCAUCUGGUUCCUAAGUUUCACGCCGAGCCCUGUGUGGCUUCAGGGCCACUCUUGCUCUCCCUCCAGCUGCCUUGUGCUGAGGGAUUAAGAAGCAGUGUGCUUGGAGAGGGAGAAAGGCAGCAGAGAAAUGCCUGGGGUGAUCGCUUGGCUCUGCCACGACUUAGCGCUUUUCCUUCUGCAUGCCUGACCUGCCGCUAGGGCUCCAGCCCCUCCCUGCUGGACAGUUUGCCUUUCAGUUGAGUAACUCCCACAAUGUGUUGCUUCUCUUAAAAGCUGCUAAGGUCAUAUACAUUAUGUGCAACUGAGGAGGAGCAGGGUGGCUGUUGCCCAGCCCCUGACCCACGAGAUGGAGGAAUAUAUCAGACUUAGUGGAGAAGUUGGGAAAGAGAAGGUGUGCCCUGUGAGCCCAACAGCUUACCACUUUGCCCCUUCUCAUAUUUUCGGUGUGGAAGCCCAAGUGGCCUUAACAUGGACAAGGUCUCCUGAGUUUCAUUCUUGUCUCAGUCUGUCCUCUGUCCAUCCCAUUCCCCUCCCCAUAAAUUAAGAUACACAAACCUCCUCACCAGCCCAGCGUACACACACAGGGAUCAGUGAGAAGGCAAGCUUCAGGCAAAGCUAAAUAAAAAUGUCUGACAUGGGAAAUAAUUUCCCGGAAGCACCAUCCUAUUCCAUUUUCCCUUCAGUAUUAAAUGCUCUCACAUGGAAUACACUCACAGGUAGUAAUAAUAGAAUUUCUACAUUGAGCACCUGGCACUGUGCUAUUGCUUUCACAUACAUUAUCUCCCCUUCCCAACCCUGCCAGGUAGAUCUUAUCCCUGUUAAGUCUAGGGAAGUGCAUUUAGAAAAGUGAAAUGACUUGAUAGCUAGCUGGGGUUCAAACCCGUGUUUCUGUGAUUCUAAGAAAAGCUCAAGAUGUAGAUUCCCUUCUUCCUUACCUUUCCCUCCCCAUCUUCUUCGUUAGGGUCUCAUAAGAAAGCAGAGAACACAUUGGAUAAGUGAGGCAAGUUUAAUAAAGGGAGUAUAUAGAAAGGUGCGGGCAGGGCUUAGAGCAACAAGGGAUGGUGCAAUUCCCUGGGGCUGCAUAAUAAUGCAGUUACCUAGGCUGAACAGAGGGAGCAGUUACCAGAAACUAGAGGGCCAUCCAGUAAGAGGUGUGGCCUUGGUGCAGGGAUGCAAGCAACCUGCAGGGACUUGACCAGGAGGAAGCCAGAGGAAUACCCUCACUCUCCUUCUACUCUCUGACCUACUGCCAACGUCUCCUGUCGGCCAUACCCAAACCAAGAAUGAAAGAAGCCAAACCAAAGAAGCUAAGGACGAAAAUGUCUGUUGGUGCACUGCAGACAGGUUAGCCUUGUGAGGUGCAGAUCCUAAAGAAGUCUGGGGAGGCAAACAGAAGACGUCCCACACACCAUCGAUUCUCUGCUGCUUUCAACUCCAGUGAUCUUGCCCAGACUUUGGAAGGAGAAAUUGGGAAGGACAUGAUUAUAUGGAAGUUAGAGAGCAUUUCUGGUACAGAGGAUUUGUAUGACUAUAGAAAGGAGGCUUGAGGAGAAGCACAUUAGAUUCCGAGGCUCGGGCUUCCCUGGUGGCGCAGUGGUUGAGAGUCCGCCUGCCGAUGCAGGGGACACGGGUUCGUGACCCAGUCCGGGAGGAUCCCACAUGCCGCGGAGCGGCUGGGCCCGUGAGCCAUGGCCGCUGAGCCUGCGCGUCCGGAGCCUGUGCAACGGGAGAGGCCACAACAGUGAGAGGCUCGCGUAACGCAAAAAAAAAAAAAACCAGAUUCUGAGGCUUUUCACAUGUUUCUGGGUCACUGAUGCUAUCAGCAUUUGAGGUCAGUGAGCAGAGGCUGGAGAUUUCAAGCAUGGGUGGGUCAUGCAUUUUUUUGCCCCCUCCCAUCCCAGGGGCCUGUAGAUUCCCCUGUAGCCUCUGCUUUCAGCCAUCCUUCCAAUGACCAUUUCCUUUUCCUUUCCCAAGAUCCUUACCAACCAGGACUGGAACCAUCUUUAGUUUGAACUAUAUUGUAUCGAGAGCUAGAAUAGAGCUAGGGAAUGCUGCAGAGAGAGAACAUCAGGAUCAGAAAAAGGAACAAUCUUGAUCAUUUUCAAAAGCUCUGAAUCUCCAGCAAGGAGCCAGAGAGGGCUCUAAGGGAGCGGAAGAUGAACGUGAUUUCUGAAUGAGCUGGAAAUGAGGAAGAAUGGAAUAAGAACAGGCAUGAGAACCAUAGGACAGGAGGGACAGCUGAGUCAGUUGGGGCAUGGUGACUAGAAGCCAGAUUCAGGAGUGAACCUUGAUUGUCUCAUCCUUGAGAGAUAGGUUGUAACUGAAGGAAAUUAGAAUCAUGAGAGUUGAAAGAUAAAAAUAGGAGCGAAGAUAUACAGGUUAGGAAAGCAGAUAAGAGGGGAAGCUAGUUGGAAUAGUCACAAGAGAGUUUAUGUGAAUCAGUUUUCAAGUCUUCUCAACUCCUGUGUCCGUUCCCCAUCCCUCGUUCUCCACCCCAUCUAUUUUUUUUAUAUUUAAACAGAAACAAAAACAAAAGAAUGAGACCUCCAAUUGCCCUCCCGCUUUGAGCCAGCUUUCCAUUUCUGCACCAAUAAAUGAUUUUCUGAAGCAACCGCCUGGAGCUUUCCACCUUUCCUUUGCUUACAAGUUGAGGAUUGGGUUUGGAUAUUGCAGUUGUAAGAUAAGAAUUUGUGAAGAAGGGGAGACGGGGAACAGCAUCAAAGGGAAACCAGAGUUUUGUGAAUACCCCAGAGCCAGGCAG